AUGUACACAGUAGAGUUUCAAAAGAGAGGUCUUCCGCAUGCUCAUAUUAUCAUAUGGAUGGAUCCCAAAUGCAAGUUCCCUACUGCAGACGAAAUUGACAAGUUGAUUUGUGCUGAAAUUCCAGACAAGGAAAAAGAUCCAGAAUUCUACAAUAUAAUAUCAGAAUGUAUGAUUCAUGGUCCAUGUGGUAGUGCUAACCCAUCAUCUCCUUGCAUGGAAGAAGGUAGCUGUUCAAAAUGUUACCCAAAACAGAAUGUUAAUAUCACCAGCAUUGACAAGGAAGGUUACCCGGUUUAUAGAAGAAGAAAGGAUGGGCGUUUUAUCGAGAAGAAUAGUUUCAAAUGUGAUAACCGAUAUGUUGUCCCUUACAAUCGGACUUUGUCGCUUAAAUAUCAUGCUCAUAUUAAUGUGGAGUGGUGCAACCAAACAGGUUCAGUGAAGUACUUAUUUAAGUAUGUUCACAAAGGUAAUGAUCUAGUUGGUGUCAUUGUUGAACCUCAUAAAAAAGUAACUGAAGAAGGUCACAAUAAUCUCCAAAAUGAAAAUACUCCAUCAUCGAAAGACGAAAUACAAGAUUACUUUGAUGGCAGAUAUGUAUCUGCAUGUGAAGCUAUGUGGAGGAUUUUAGCUUACCCAAUACAUUAUAGGCAAACCGCUGUUGUGCCACUCACUUUCCAUGAGGAAGGCAAACAACCUAUUUAUUACCGAGAAGGUGAGUCUGCACAGAAUAUCAUGGAUCGUGACUCUCUUGAUGAAUCUCAGUUUAUUGCUUUAUUUGAACUUAAUAAGCCUGAUGAAGAAGCUAGAAAGUUAUUAUAUGAAGAAAUACCAAGCAAGUUUAUUUGGGAUGGGAAGGAGAAAUAUUUUUUCAGGAGAAAAACAAGAACAUUUGCUAUAGGGAGAAUUAACUACGUGCCUCUGACCAUAGAUGAUGCAUAUCAUUUGAGGAUACUUCUCAAUUCCAUCAGAGGUCCUACCAGUUUUGAUCACAUUAAAACUGUGAAUGGUGUCGUACACAAAACUUAUCGUGAAGCAUGUUACGCUCUUGGGUUGUUAGAUGAUGUCAUGAUGCUUCUCUCAGCCGUUUUAAGUACUUCUCAUAUUCUACAGAAUGAGAAUAUUCCUGUUUUAAACCAGUUAAUAGCUGAUGAACAGAAAUUUAUCAAUCAAACUGAUUUAAAAAAGAAGCAUCUGGAGUGGUUAAAUAUGCUUACGGAAGAGCAGAAGAAGUUAUAUGAUGAGAUCAUAGACUCUGUUUUCAAAUAUAAAGGUGGAGUAUUUUUCUUAUAUGGUUUUGGUGGAACUGGUAAAACAUUCCUUUGGAAAGUUUUAUCUGCAGCUGUAAGGAUCAGGGGAGAGAUAAUGUUGAAUACUGCAUCUAGCGGUAUAGCCUCUCUUUUGUUAGAAGGUGGCAGAACAGCUCAUUCAAGGUUUGGCAUUCCUCUUGAAGUUCAUGAAACGUCUAUGUGCAGAAUGUCAAGGUCUUCUGAUCUAGGUGAAUUAGUCCAAGAAGCGAAGUUGAUAAUUUGGGAUGAAGCUCCAAUGAUGAGUAAAUACUACUUUGAGACUUUGGAUAGAAGUUUGAAAAAUGCGUGA